GCACACCUUCGACGCUCGAUCCUCUGCCUGGAUAAUCUGAUCGUUUUUGGAAUACUUCACAUCUGCCAAGGGAAUAGAACGUAACGUAUCAUCCUGUUAGGUGCUUCAAAAUACACGCUUCAGUCCAAUAUCAACCAUGUCCAGUGGUGAAAGUGACUCCAGCGAAUCACCGAACGUUAGUGCUACUCCGACGAUGAGUUCCCGCGAGACAGCGGCCAACGUAAUGUUGACCGAUUCCGAGAAUACAAACAACGAGAACCGUGUAAUAGAGAUGGAAUCAAACCCCGGUGCAGAAGAUACCGACGCUGCACCUUCGGGAAAAGUGGAACAAGCUGAUGAGCCAACCACAGAACCAACUUCGAGUGCUUCUGAUGAGAAAGAGAUUGAUGAGCCUGGGAAGGAGAAACAACCCGACGAGACGGGUGCUUCCAAAACGGGGAAAGAUCAGCACGCGGAGCAUGUAACAUACAACGAGACGGGCGAAGCUAUUUACACCGAUCCGGCCACCAAGUUUCAGUACCGAUGGUGUAAGGAAAAAAGCGAAUGGGUACCACUGGACGGAACGGUACCGUCGGGAACGGCAGGUGAAACACCGUCAGACAAUCCAUAUGAAAACGAACACUAUCGGUGGUGUCACGAGAAGAAAGAAUGGAUCCCGAAGCAGGAAACUCCAACCGAGACGGAGUUUUAUCGGUGGGAUGAGAAAGCGCAAAAAUGGGUUCCAAAACAGCAGCAGCAACCAACAUCCGAAGAGGAUCGGGAGUACGGUUACGAGGACGGUGUGCACACGUACAAGGAUAAGGACGGUGCGGUGUACUUUUGGGACGACGAACGGAAAGCCUGGUUCCCUAAGGUGGAUGAUGACUUUAUGGCCAUGUAUCAGCUAAACUACGGGUUCAUCGACAACACCUCGAGUGGAAGUGUUCCCGCUGUCGCAGGUAGAGUCACCACCGGUGAAGGAUCUACGGCUGCGAGACAAUUCCCUGGACGGAACAUUGAUGAGGAUGACGUUGAUGAACAGGAUGAGGCACAACGGGCCCUUCCGAAGGGCAAGAAACGGAAAGCACCACCGGAACCACCGAAAUGGUUUGAUAUGGCACCGGAGCACAAUACGAAAGUGUACGUGUCCAAUCUACCGAUGGACAUUAGUGAGGAAGAGUUCGGUGAAGUGAUGUCCAAGUGUGGUAUGGUGAUGAAGGAUCCCAAGACGCAUAAGCUGAAGUUGAAGCUGUACCGUGAAGCGGAUGGAACGCUGAAAGGUGACGGGCUAUGUCACUAUAUAAAGAUCGAGUCCGUGGAUUUGGCGCUAAAAAUUCUCGACAAUUACGAUGUGCGUGGCCACAAGAUCAAAGUGCAGCGGGCCGAAUUUCAAAUGCGCGGUGAAUACAAUCCAACCCUCAAGCCAAAAAUGCGCAAAAAAGAGAAGGAACGGUUGAAGAAGAUGCAGGAAUCGCUGUUUGACUGGCGCCCGGAAAAGAUGCGUGGCGAACGGUCGAAACACGAGCGUAUCGUCAUCAUCAAGAACCUCUUCGAGCCGUCACUGUUCGAUCGGGAGGUGCAUCUGCUGCUCGAGUAUCAGAACGAUCUGCGCGAAGAGUGCGCCAAGUGUGGUACGGUCCGUCGGGUGCUGCUGUACGACCGGCACCCGGAAGGGGUGGCCCAGAUAACGAUGGGCGACCCGGAAGAGGCCGACCUGGUGGUGCAGAUGAUGAAUGGACGGUACUUCGGUCAGCGUCAGCUAACGGCAGCAAUCUGGGACGGUCGAACGAAGUAUCGAAUUGCUGAAACUGAUGCCGAUAUUGACAAACGGCGUGGCAAUUGGGAGGAGUUCCUUGAAACGGAUGAUGGUGGUGAGAAGGGAAAGGUGGCUGAACAGGAAAAGGAUGAUGAUGCUCCACCGAGUACGACAAAAGCAUCGCCGGAAAUGAAACUGGACGACCAAGAGGAACAACUUCCGGCGGUAGAAAGCGAAACCAUUGUGGAGAAGACCGAGAUGAAAGAGGACGAAGGUGAAGGGAAGGAAAUGGAAGUGAAGGAUCCCGAGCCCGUUUAGAUGUGAUGAUGGCGUUUGUAAUUGAUUUAUUUUGGGGACAUCUAAAAUAUCGACCCGGCUCAUGAGAAUAAAAGCCGAAAUGGUUACCGAA